AUGGCUUACAACCGUUCCUCUAUGCCAGCUGCCUAUCUGGGUGGUGACAACGAGUAUGCCAGACUCGAGAGGGCUUUGAUUGACGCCAGGCAAGAUCUAGGUCAGAAGAAGGCCGAGUUCGCCAGUGCCAUGGAGAUGAUCAGGAAGCAGGGCGGACAGAUCGGCGACCUCAACUACAAACUCAACCUUGUCACCCAUCGAGCUGAAACAGCCGAGGCCGGUCUUCGUGAGGUCACCGCUCAUCAUAUGGCGGCGCUGGACGAGCUCGAGAACACCCGCCGUGCCUAUUCAAUUGCCGAGGCCAGGCUCCACGAGGCUGAGAGGGCCCGCGAUGAGAUGUCAGUCAACUAUCGCAACCUGUCCUCCGGAUACAAUCGCUUGGAGGAGGACUUGAACGAAACACGCCAAGUUCUCUCGUCCACGGAGAGAGAGUUGAAGAAUACCCUGAUCGAGCGCAACGAGGCCCGCGGUUCACUCAGGAUGUCUCAGGAAGCCUGGAACCAUGAGAGAACCAACCUCCAGUCAAAAUACAACGCCUCACAGACUCAGCUACACUCUGUCCAGGGUCGUCUCGAUACCACGGAGGGCAGACUCAGGGAGGCGCUGAGGCUCAAUGACGAGGCGGCCAAGUCCCUUGCUGACAAAACGGCCUACAUGUACGAGGCGGCCAAGUUCAAGGAGGCUUACGGGGUGGCCAAGAAGGAUGUCGAAUUCUUCAAGAGCCAACUGGCCACUACUGAGGAAAGGCUCUGUGAGAUCCGCAAAGAGCGCGAUCUGGCCAGGGUCGACGCGGACUUGCGCGACAGAUUGUCGGGUCUGACUCACGGUGUUGCCGAGAAGAGGGUCGGCUUUUCUCCCCACGUUCAGGUGGCCGAUUUGGGUGUCGAAAGGCCGCCCACACCCCUCACCCUUUCUAGAACCAGGACUUGCAGUCGGAGGAGCUCGAUUUCUUACAGCCUCUCCAAUAUGGCUAUAUAA